AUAUUCGUUAACUUCAUGGUCAACAUGAUGUCACUGAUCGUCGCCGUGUUUUGUCGCGUGGCUGACAGAGCCCACUGACUGUGCCUGAACUGUCGUUUCGAUAUUUGCGUAAGUCCCUUACGCGCAAGUGAGUUCAGUUGACUCUGAAUCUCCAUCUCAUUGGCUAAGCAAGGGCGACGUGUACAUCAAGCAGCAACAGGUAGCUGCAUUUGUAACAGUUACCGUUUCAUUCUGGGAAUGCCUCGUCUUGUGCUCCGCGCAUAGCAAACUUUGAAAAUCACUAACAGUCAGCACAUCUCCUGGGCUUCUCAUCUCUGAUCAUUAAACACGCAUAUUUUAUAAGUGUGGCCCUUCCCUCCGAAUCUUGAGCUGACCUGUGGCUGCACACCGGUGUGGGAUGAAGUCCAAAGGGAAGGGGAGCAAGCGCAGCCAACAGGCCUGGAGCGGGUCAGACCCGGACCUCCACCUGGAGACAGAACCGGGGUCCAGCGAGCAUGAGGGCUCCGAGGCUUCCGUGCAGCUGGAGGGCUCCUGGAGGGCCCGCCGGGCAGCGCGCAGAGCCAGCGGCGAGAGCACGGGCAUGGGUGGCGGUGCCAGGGUGGGUGCCAGGGUGGGCACCAGGCGCCGGCGGCCGCACGGCAGUGGCAAGGAGCGCAACGUGCGCCGCCUGGAGAGCAACGAGCGGGAGCGCCAGCGCAUGCACAAGCUCAACAACGCCUUCCAGGCCCUGCGCGAGGCCGUCCCGCACGUACGCACCGACAAGAAGCUCUCCAAGAUCGAGACGCUCACGCUGGCCAAGAACUACAUCAAGGCCCUGACCACCAUCAUCCUGGGCAUGUCGGGCGGCUGCAGGCCCGGCUCCGAGUGCCCGGACGAGGCCAGCGCCGCGCGCCUCCUCCAGUGUUGCCAGGAGCACCUCGAGGAUGAGGACGAGGAGAGCCUGUCCAAAUACCUGUCUCAGAUCCACAGCUUCAAUAAGGGGAGCUAGCAGGACCCCAGGGGGGCGGUUGGGGGGAACGGGGGGUCUGGUAAGCAGAGAGGACAGGGAUGCUUCAGAAACGGACUGGACAAGGCAGUUCCUGGUCUCUAGACUCUGAACUCUGGUGAGAACUUCGGUGUGACUCCUCGCCCUCCCACCUAGCUAAAGACUUCUCAGCCUUUUUGAUCAGGAACUUUUGAAGUCUUGAUAAGGGGGGCAAAAGGCCAUAAAAAGCUUGAGCCUCCAGCUCUGCCCCCAACUGAUGAACUGAUGGGUAAAGAGUGUGGUGUAGGAGGACAGACUCUCCAAACAGGUUAUAAGUAACCACUAAGACUGGUCCAUGAUGUACUGUACUGCACAAACUUCACCAUUCUCACACACUGAAACAUUACACUUUAGCAAACAUGCUAACACAGAGCUGACAGGAUGGAAACAGAUACAGUAAAACAACCGCUCAUUUACCGCUGUGGAUUCACCCUCUCUGUUGACUGGUUAAACAGGAUAGAACAUUACAUUGUUCAAAGCGAAGCAGAUUGAUAACACUCAUUUAUUGAGAGGACAAACCAUGCACGUCUUUUUUUUUUUUUCACGAGUACACUGUACUCUAGGGUUAACUACGGUACAACAUCCUUGUCCCACUUUGUUAUUUUAAAAGGAAUAAAUUAAGAAUAAAACCAAA